UUUAUUGGUUCAUGCUAGUGUUUAAAUUUAGCUAAGGCCACAAAUAUAUUAUUUGAAAAUUAAAGGUAUAAUGUUUUCUACACAAAAUAAUUAUAAAUAUCGCACACUCAUGGCCUCAUUACUCAAAAGUCAAAACAGUUAUCUUAGAUCUAAGAAAAAUAGAAAAAUGAAUCACCUCAUAAUUUUUGCGUUAGUUAUUAAUGCCAUACAUUUUUCGUUGAAUGAAGUUUGCAACAAACCAAAUAUUGUAGAAAUUCAUAACCAACUCGCUCCCGGUAAACUUCUCAGUCAUCGUUGUCGUGGUAGUAUUAACGAGCAAGAUAAAGGUCUCCAAUAUUUAAAAGUCAAUCAAAAUUUCACCAUUGAGUUUUCGGAUGUUUCCAACAGAAGAGAAAGGACAGUGUGGACUUGUAUGUUGAGGCACGGUCCUAAAAUGGAGUUUUAUUUUAAUCUUCAAGUAUACAGAGCAGCUGGUACUGAACGAUGUGAUCAGUAUCGCUCAUGGACUGCUAAACCUGAUGGAAUUUGGUUUACAAGAGAUCGUUCAAAACCGUCGGGACAUGUACGUAACUGGAUGAAACAUGCAUCAUAACUAAGGUUUUUUUGUUUGUUUUGAAUUUUAUAAACUAAAGGUAUGAGUUAAUAAUUUGCUGUUAGAUUAAUAUACAGAAAAAUAUUGUAA